CACAUCGGAAGCACUAGAGAGACUUCGACAAAGUCAAAUCACCAGGAAGUUCCCGUCCCACAAACAGCGUUGUGUACAUUUCCUGUUAGGGGGAGACUUCUCCAAUCCUACUUUGAGAAGCACCGUUCCUUCCCCUAAAGAGUGAGGAACCAUCCUAUUUGGCCAAGCUCUUUACAGCAAGCCAAGGGCAAAGCUCCACCAGUUGUGAGUCAUAAGUCGAGCAAGCAAGAACGGAAACGCAGCAAACUAGGUCAAAGGAAUUCCUCGAACCUUAGGCGGAGCCCAUGUUUCCCCCGAUGCAUACAAGUCUGAAUCCCAAACAUCUAUCUGUUAGUCAUUGGCUGGCAAGAAGAGGACCCCUUGGCUGCUGACAAGUGUUGGCAAGUGCUGCUAGCGGUUCCGCAGCUCUCCUUCGUUACUUUAUUUAGAACUCCUGUUGUUGAAGAGAGAGCAUUCACCGAAAAUGGAAGAUUCUAUUCUUGCUGGUAGCAUGCCAGUUGUGAGUGAGAAAUUUGAUGUAUUGGCUUACCUUUCCCUACAAAUCUUACCUCUCCAGAGGCCAUUUACCUUCUUUCUCUUUGUGUUGGAAGUAUGCGGAUAG